UAUGUUUUACACGUUUUUAUUUUAUUUUAUUGUAUUGUGUGUGUUUGUGUGUAGAAAAGACAACUUAAUAUUGCAUUUAUUUAAUUGUCAAGUGAAUAGGUAAAUGCUUAGCCUGUGGCCACGGGGUUUAGUUGUAGGCUAUAGUUAGGAAUGGUUCCACACAGGCAUAGUGCAGGAUUACUAUAGAAUGUUGGCGAACUAUCGUUGCGGAGGGGGAAAAACACGUAGAGCUGAGUCUGCGCGACGCAGGGGAUCACUGCCUACGAAGUUUAUCGGGAAGACUACGCCGACAAAUCCUAGGACACAUUCGCACUUAAGGGGUUGUUGCAAAGAGCAGAGAAGGAUGUCGGAGUACCUGGGAUACCUAUACAGAGGGCCAGAUGGCAAUUUGAUGCGGUUUAAGAAAAGAAAAUCACGGUUCACAUUCCAAGAGGUUGAGCUGCUGCUGGGUGAGGUGAUGACAAAACGGCAUAUUCUAGUAGGAAAUCUGAGCAUUUCAAAGGACUUGAAAAACCGUACUUGGGCUUCUGUGACAGCACGUAUCAACAAGGUCAGUGAGUGUCACCGAGAGGUCAUCGAAGUCAUCAAGAAAUGGGCAGACCUCAAGUGCGACACCAAGCGGAGGGUGGUGGCCAUGAGGGCAUCAGGUGCCACGCCUGCCCAAAUUGCACAAGAGCUGUCGCCUGUAGAAACCAUGGUGCACCAGAUCCUUCAGAUGUCUAACAAAAACACAAGCACUUUGGCAAAUUACGAGCUAGUAGACGAAGAUGACGAGGACUUUCCUGGUGUCUCUGAGAUACCACAUGGCUCCUCAGACUUUGCAAAUGGCAGGCCUCAUUCAUUCAGUUUACCAAUGCCACCUCCUUUCCACACAAGAAUCCCAAGCAAAGGAGAUAUGGAGCUAUCUACUAAUAUGAUGUUCAACAAUUCAGCAGUGCCUCUUAAGGAACUCCAGACUGACACGUUAGAAAAGCAAGAUGGUAACAUGCAGUUUAUUGAACCAAGCCAAGAAGUGCAGAAUGCUGCUGGUGUCCCUGAAUUCCUCAGCCGUCCCAGUGUUGAGAAAGGCCCAGUUCAAGAAAAACCUAAUCACAACAUAUUUAAUGGCCCUUCAGCUGCCAGAGUUUGGACUUUUAUUCCACCUCCUGGGGCCUCAUCAUCACGUUCAGUUCCUGCUCGCCCCCGUCCCACCCCAGCUUCUCUGGAUCCAUGCAGUCUGAAGGAUCGUCUAACCCAGAGUGCCUCACUCAGCCUGCAAGAACAGCAGGCCACCACACAGCUGAUAGGGUCGCUGUCUCACUCACUUGAGUCACUUGCAGAAUCGGUGCAGAAAUUGGUCCACACCCAGCAGCAGUUUUCACGUGACACCUUACAACUGCAGCGUGACACACUCCAUAUCCUGCGUACCUUCUCCACCAACACUUUGAAUCUCCUGCAGGACAAGGUCAAUGGCCAGCCAUAAAAUCUGAACAAUCAACAGAACUUUUCUGGCCACACUAUUGACAGCUACUACUGUGAGCAAAUUAUAUAAAAGUGAAUGCAGUUCAUAGAGAAAUUACAAUAUGAUGAGACAAAGUAAAAUGCAAUCUUUCUCUGAAUCUUUUUUUUUUUUUUUUUUUAAAGUCAUAGAGCUACAGGACAGACAGCACUAAGAAGAAUAUUUGUCUGUUUAUGAUGUAAUAAACGAUAUACAUUAGGAGUUGGAAUAAAAAAGAGGCCUAAGUGCUGUAUGUUCUUUGUAGAGUUCCUUGUUGGUGCCAACUGAAUGUUUUCAGUAGAUCACUUGGACUGCUUUGGACCAAUUAUAUGCUAUUAUAUAGUCAUUUGGAAUGGGCAAAUAUGUAUUUAAAAAAUAACUAGUAAUUUAAAAUCAUUAUAUUUGUGGCCGAGGUUAUGAUAUUGCAAUAAAUUGGCAGUUGUUAAUUUAUGAUCUAUGAUUUAUGAUGAUUUAUGGAUUUCUUUAAUUCAUUUUUGCUAUUUGGGUGGUUCUCCAUAUUUAACCUUUAUAUCAAUGUCUGGCUGAAGCAUUGCUCAGCAGACCCUACUGUAAACAUUUAAAUCUUUAGUUGAUGUCCUGUGUCUUUUCAUUUUUGGGGUUGUUUCUAUUAACUUGAAUUUUAAAGACUAAUUCUAGUGUUUUACUUUGCAUCCAGGUUAGAGGUAAUCUUUUGAAUUCUGAAACUGUUUUGAAAGCAUAUUAUCUAAGUGGUAUCUCCCAUAGGUCUGUUUUUAUAGUCUCCCCGAAAUUAAGUCAACACACUGUUAAAAAUGUCUCCUGCUUUAAAACCCAGUUCAAAACAUGAAAAUAAACCAUUUGAAAUAUUA